AUGUUGAAAGCACUGUAUAUGGGAACGUAUAACUACAUUCCUUCUAUUCCCGCUGCAGCAGUCUUUAUAGCAAUUUUCAUAAUCACGACUAUCACACAUUUCUGGCAAGUUACCCGAACUCGGACAUGGUUCUUUAUUCCAUUUGCCAUUGGAGGAAUUUCGUGCAAUCUCCUCAAGUCAGUAUCCGAGGCAGUUCUCAUUCUCGUUGCACCGUCACUCUUUGCCGCCAGUAUCUACAUGGAGCUGGGACGCAUCAUGCUCGCUACUGGCGGAGAAAGAUACUCGAUUAUUCGACGCUCAUGGCUCACCAAGAUAUUUGUCGUGGGGGAUGCCUUUUCUUUUUUAGUCCAAGCUGCCGGUGCCAGUAUGCUCGUCAAAGUCAGCACCGCAAAUAAUGGUGGAAACAUCAUCAAAAUCGGUUUGAUCAUUCAAAUCGUCUUCUUUGCUCUCUUCGUCGUCACAAGCAUCAUCUUUCAUGUCCGUAUGAAUAGGAAUGGCGCAUCAUACCAACACUUCUUUCCCUUGAGGAAACAUCAGUUGGUCCUAUACUUCGGCAGUGGCCUUAUCUUCGUCCGUUGCAUUUUUCGACUUAUAGAAUACGAGGCUGGAGAUGGCAGUACGCUACUUCAACAUGAAUACUAUAGCUAUAUCUUCGAUGCUGCUCUCAUGGUGCUGGUGAUGAUGACGUUCAGCUUGGUUUACCCCAAUGAAAUCGGUCAGAUGAUCCUCAACACCAACGAUUCACUUGGUUCCGACAGUACCACUAUCACGAAUUGUGUCCCUCAGGCUACAGCAUCAGUGUCUGUUAAAGCUGGUAACGCUACAGUCGAUGUUGGAACUAUGACUGGCUCAGAGCUCUAUACAGGAAUCUCUCAGGCCCUUGGAACAAUUUGUCCUACGGUCAUGCAGACAACAGAAUGGACAAAUUGUGCGGCCGAGCUUGCUAUGGUUGAGAAACUCCCUUAUAUCGAUGCUGGCCUCAUGUCUUAUGGCUCACUUUAUGUUACGCUAUGUACAGUGCAGGAAGUAGCACUACUUAUGAUGUGGAAGGGAUUAAGAGAAGAGAUUCAUAAGACCAUCCUUAUGCCGAAUCGAACACCGCAACAGUUUGUAACACGGAAGCAUUUGCUGCUGUGA